AUUUCCGCUUGUACUUCAGCAUGCAAGUUAAAUUAGCAAAACAUGGAGUUAUUGCCUUGUUUAGUCACGUCUCUUUUGUUAAAGCUGUAAAUAUACACCUGUAAAAAUCAAACAAGGAUAUUCUUAACGAUAAAAGUUUAGUUAGAAUGAGCUUGUGAGCUGCUUCUCACAAUAUCGCCGUAUUUGUAACUAGAGUUAGCAUAGUUAGCUAACCUCUGUCACAGCAACAACGUUUAUGAACAACUUGAAGAAUCGAUACCAUGGCUAACCUGGAACAGUGGGUCAGCGAUCGUCUGCACGACAUCCUCGGUCUUAGUGACAGAUACGUGUCGCAGUUCAUGAUUGGCACGGCCCGGAAAGCUUCCAGUGCAGAUGACUUUGUGAACCGUCUCGAACAGACGGGCACUAUUGACAUCGAUCAAAGUGUGACCAACUUUGCACGGGAACUCUUUGACAAGAUUCCUCGUAAGCAGGUUGUUGAAAAACAAGCCCGAGUGAUAGAACGGCAGUGCAUUGAGAUGGAGAGGAAAAACAGGACGUACACUUUACUGGAGGACAGCGAUAGCGAUGGAGACACUGGGAGGGAGACACAGAAAGGGAAGAAGAAAAGCAAAGAUAAAGACAAAGGAAGCAAAAGGAAACACAUCAGACAGAAGAAGGAGAGCGAGUCGUCAAGUGAAGAAGAAGCACCUAAAAGGAGUAACUCAGGAGAGAACAAAUCUGUGAAGAAAGAAGAUGAGGAGGAAGAAGAGUGGGAGAAGGAAGAGAGAGAGCGGCUGCUGGAUAUUGAGGAGAGGGAUAAGUUUGCCGAGAGAGUGAGACAGAAAGACAAAGACAAAACCCGAAAUAUAGCGGAGAGAACUGAUAAAAAGGCUUAUGAAGAAGCUCAGAAGAGACUAAAGAUGGCUGAGGAUGAUCAGAGAAAUAUGUUACCGGAGCUGAGGAAGCGCUCUCGCUGGGAUUACCUGAAGAAAAGAGAGGCUGAGAAACUGGAAGAUCUGGAGGCAGAAAUCUUGGACGAUGAGUACCUGUUUGCCACUGACGAACUCACAGAGAGGGAGAAAAAGGAUUUAGAGUACAAGCGCACCCUCCGAGACCUGGCCAAGGACUACAAGAAGGCAGGAGCAAAGGAACAGGAGGAGAGGAAGAAUAGAUACUACAUGCCAGAAGAAAAUAGAAACAAGGAGGUUCCCCAGAGGGACCUGGAGCUGGAGGAGACCCCCAUGGAGCUUGGAGGUGAGCAGGGCCGCUGGGAGGAGGAGAGGCUGAAGACAGCCUCACUCAGUUUUGGAGCCAAGAAGGAGCGAGAGCUGGGGAGGAGGAAGGAGCAGGAGAAGUACCAGCUGGUCCUGGAGGAGGAUGAGAUGAUCGACUUUGUCAGCACCGCCAUCACCAUGAAAGGAACUCUUACAGAGAAGGAGCAGGAGGCCCCGGCUCUGUCCCAGGCUGAGCUGAAGAAACAGUCCAUGCAGGAAGUCCGCCGCAGCCUUCCCAUCUUCCCCUACAGAGAUGACCUGUUAGCUGCCAUCCACGAGCACCAGAUCCUGGUCAUCGAGGGGGAGACGGGCUCUGGAAAAACCACCCAGAUCCCACAGUACCUCAUGGAGGAUGGCUACACCAAAGGUGGACUGAAGAUCGGGUGCACACAGCCUCGCAGAGUGGCGGCCAUGUCUGUAGCUGCCAGAGUGGCUGAGGAAGUGAGCGUAAAACUCGGUAAUGAGGUGGGCUACAGUAUUCGUUUUGAGGACUGCACAUCAGAGAGGACGGUGCUCAAGUACAUGACAGACGGCAUGCUGCUCAGAGAGUUUCUCACCGAGCCGGACCUGGCCAGUUACAGUGUGAUCAUCAUAGACGAAGCCCACGAGCGAACCCUCCACACAGACAUCCUGUUCGGCCUGAUUAAAGACAUCGCCAGGUUUAGACCUGACCUGAAGGUGCUAGUGGCCAGCGCUACCCUUGACACUGAGCGCUUCUCCUGCUUCUUUGAUGAAGCUCCAGUGUUCAGGAUCCCUGGCAGGAGGUUCCCCGUUGACAUUUUCUACACAAAAGCUCCAGAAGCAGACUACCUAGAGGCAUGUGUGGUAUCAGUGCUGCAGAUCCACGUUACCCAGGCCCCUGGAGACAUCUUGGUUUUCCUCACUGGACAGGAGGAGAUUGAGGCCUGUUGCGAGCUGCUUCAGGAGCGAUGCAGGCGACUUGGAUCCAAGAUCGCUGAGCUCCUGGUGCUGCCUAUCUAUGCCAACCUGCCUUCUGACAUGCAGGCAAAGAUCUUCAAUCCAACUCCCCCGGGGGCUCGUAAGGUGGUGGUGGCUACAAACAUCGCAGAAACCUCUCUGACCAUUGACGGUAUUAUCUAUGUCAUCGACCCAGGCUUCUGCAAACAGAAGAGCUACAACGCUCGCACCGGCAUGGAGUCACUCAUCGUUACGCCUUGCUCUCGGGCUUCAGCCAAUCAGAGAGCAGGCCGUGCAGGUAGAGUGGCAGCUGGGAAAUGUUUCCGUCUUUACACAGCCUGGGCCUUCAAACACGAGAUGGAGGAAACCACAGUGCCUGAAAUUCAGAGGACCAACUUGGGAAACGUAGUACUUCUGCUCAAAAGUUUAGGUAUUAACGAUCUGAUUCACUUCGACUUCAUGGACCCCCCUCCUCAUGAGACUCUGGUUUUGGCUCUGGAACAGCUCUACGCUCUUGGCGCACUGAACCACAUGGGGGAGCUCACAAAGUUGGGUCGCAGGAUGGCUGAGCUGCCGGUGGACCCCAUGCUGAGUAAAAUGAUCCUGGCCUCUGAGCAGUACAAGUGUUCAGAAGAAGUGCUGACAAUAGCGGCCAUGCUGUCAGUCAACAACUCCAUUUUCUACCGGCCUAAAGACAAAGUGGUCCACGCUGACAAUGCCAGGAUGAACUUUGUAGUACCAGGAGGAGAUCACCUGGUGCUGCUCAACGUCUACACACAGUGGGUGGAGAGUGGAUACUCCACACAGUGGUGCUAUGAGAACUUCAUCCAGUUCCGUUCGAUGAGGAGAGCGCGGGACGUCAGAGACCAGCUGGAGGGUCUGAUGGACCGCAUUGAGGUGGAGGUGGUCAGCGCUCAGGGGGACUGUGUCCCCAUCCGCAAGGCGGUGACGGCAGGAUAUUUCUACCACACGGCGAGGCUCAGCAAAGGCGGAUACAAGACGGUGAAGCACCAGCAGACGGUCUACGUUCACCCCAACAGCUCUCUGUUCGAGGAGCAGCCCCGCUGGCUUAUCUACCAUGAGCUGGUCUUCACCACCAAGGAGUUCAUGAGACAGGUGAUAGAGAUCGACAGCGGCUGGCUUUUAGAAGUGGCUCCUCACUACUACAAGAGCAAAGAGUUGGAAGACAGCAGCAGUAAGAAGAUGCCCCGGAAACAGGGCAAAACCAAAGAGGAGCUAGGCUGAAACCAAGGCCGGAGCUCAGCGGACACACUGCAGAAAUAAUAAAAAUGGACUUUAAAGGUGUAAUAAUAGAAAAUGAUCGAGAAUGUAGUUGUUUGGCGACAGAUGCAGCUGCGUGUUUCUACCCCACUCUGUUUUCUGUUGCGGUACAAAGCAAAAUGUGGACCAAGCCUGGAAAUCAGCUCAACACAAGCUGAUUUCAACAUUCAGCACGUGGAAACCAGAGAUGGGUUGAGUGAGAAGUGGGUCAAAAACUCCAGUUUAAUCAUAAACCAGACCAGCCACAACAACAAAGCUGGACCCUCUGCAGGAAUACAGACCUGAAUGCAGACCCGUUGGGUGGGUUUUGCAGCUCAUUAGUUUGGUUUUCAGGUGCUUCUAAAUCCCACCUGAAGGUUUUGAAUAGAAGCCUUUGUUAGUAUUAUACUUUACAUAGACUGCGCCUUAGGAGUCUCCACUAAGACUAAUACCUAAACAAUGGGUUUCAGUUGUACCUGUGAGCCUCCCUAUCUUGUUUCUGUUCAUUUUUCUACCGCAAUAAAAGUUUUACUGCGUCUUUGUUUUGGAA